UUCAGACUCACGACUUGCAAUCACAGCUACCAACCAGCACCCUCGCACCCUCGCACCCUCGCACCCUCAUCCACGCUGCACCUACGCCCCUCACUCGCAGCAUUCAUCUCAUGGUCACGCACACGCACACGCAUACACGCACACGCAUACACGCAUACACGCACACGCACACGCACACCCUCACCCUCACCCUCACCCUCACCCUCACCCUCGCCCACCCCACGCUGCCACCAUGGCCACCUCGCUGCACGCCAUCGCAACUGCGCUCUUCUACUACCUGCUGGGAGGCUUGACAUUCCUGCCCCUCUGCGCCAUCAUCCUGCUCCUGCACUUUACCUUUACAGCCCCCGUGCACAGCAUUGUGGAUCAGCAACAGCAUCGCAGCAGCGACAUUGUGAAUGCACACUCAUCAGACUCGCUCGCAGAUCCAUCCAAAGGUGCAUUGGAUGCUGAUCAGAAGCGCGCAGCUCUUGCGCUGGCCAAGGACAAUCACGCUAGGGUCAAUGCAGCAGCUCAUGCUGGCGGCCAACAUCACACGCGCACGCGAGAGGAUGCCAUUGCGAUUGCUGCGGCAGAUGCGGCCGGGGCGGGGGCGGGGGCGGGGGCUACGGCGACUGGUGUGCCUUCAUCGGCCAAGCGAUUGGGCCCAUCGCCCGCGAUCCAUCCCAAACCUUUUAGGAACGGGUGGAUCGUGGUGAGGCGCAAAUUUGAAGGUCAAGCUGCAAGCGCUCUGCUCGCCAGUCAAGGCGCUUCCAAUCGAGCAGCCGCGGCCGUCGCUGCAAAGAAAGAUGGGCAAGGGCGAGCGGGUGAUCAGAGCAAACCGGCAUCGGGUGCGGGUGCGGGUGCGGGUGCAGGUGCGGGUGGACACGGUCAGCAGCCAUCCUCUUCGGGCUACAUGAGCGCAAUGUACAGGGGCGUCAUCAAUUACAGGCAGCACAGGGCUGCAAGAUCAUCUCAUGCCGCUACAGCAGCAGCAGCAGCAGCAGGUCUCGAUAGCGCCUCUUCGAGUUCAGCGUCAACGUCCGCGUCCGCUUCCAACUCCAACUCUCGCGAUGCUUCUCCAUCAACCAGCACCACCACUGGCACUCGCGAUCCGCGCAACGCUACACCCCAAGCCGCGGCAGCAGCAGCAGCGGCGGCGGCGGCGGCGGCGGCGGGCAAUGGCGCCAAUCGCGAAUCCUUUCACGCCAUUCUCAAAGGUCCCGUCCUCUACCUCUACUCUUCCAGCGACCCAUCCGCACCAGACACGGAAUGCCAUGCGGCCAUCGAUCUGCGUGGCAAGCGCGUCAGCUUGUACGUCGCUCAUGCAGGCGAUACCGCAGGAGACCCGCAAGAAAUCUUUGACAAUCUAAAGGAAGAGGAGAAAUUGGGAGUGGUCAAGGCGGAAUUAGAUAGCUCCGAUAACGUCGCUGCAGGUCUGGCCACAGCCAGCAGCUCGACGACGGUGACGGAUGAUGAGAAUGUCGAGGCGAUCAGCCAGAGCGUCAGAGCGCGGGCCAGGUCGAAUUGGAACAGGGCCAGAAGAGCUGCUGUGAGGGAUGGGGAGCUAUUCACCAAGCGCAACGCGGUCAGGAUCGUCGCCAUGCCAUCGUCAUCUGCGCGUGCAGAUGCGUCAUCGGCACAAAACUCAUCUUCAGCAGCAGCAGCAGCAGCCUCAUCAUCCGCGCAAGAUGUCGCUUCGAGUCUUGGCGGCCGCUCCAUGUCGCUCGCGCAAUGGUUCAUCUUUGCGCGAUCUGCUAGCGCUUUGGAAGAUUGGUACCACGCACUGCUGCACGCCUCCAUGAUCCCGUCGGAUGUGACCGCCGCGAGGCACAUCAACAACGCCUCGAGCAUCGACGGCUUGGCGUCAGACGCGCUGUCCGACGUCUUUUCCCCGCUAGACAUGGUGCGGCUCUUGUCCAAUCUGGACAGUAUCCCCGAUCCCAUCCCGCUGCGCUGGCUGAAUGCUCUGCUCGGAAGAAUCUUUUUCAGCAUCUACAAGACCAAAUGGUUGGAGGAGUACAUUACGAGAAAAAUCAUGAAAAAGGUGUCGAGAGUCAAGACGCCGGGCUACUUGGGAGAGGUCAAGGUGAGGAGCGUGGAAGUGGGCAGCAAUCCGCCUGCAUUUAGCAGACCGAUGCUCAGGAGCUUGACGGGCGAGGGCGAAGCUUCGAUGGAGGUCUCGGUGCAUUACACUGGCUCCAUUCGUCUCACCAUCAGCACCUCUCUCACGCUAUCUCUCGGCUCGCGCUUCAAACCCUACACCAUCAACCUCUUGCUCGCGGUGGUCAUCAAUAGUCUGACGGGCAAUUUGCUGCUGCAGAUCAAACCUCCUCCGAGCAACAGGAUAUGGUUCGGGUUCACAAAGUUGCCAGAAAUGGGCAUCGAUGUGGAACCGGUCGUGAGCGAGCGCAAAGUACAGUGGGGAAUGGUCCGGAGAUUGAUCGAAGGCAGGAUCAGAGAAUUGAUCACCGAGAGCCUCGUGUUACCCAACAUGGACGACAUUCCAUUCUUUGACACGAGGGCGUACGAACAUCGAGGAGGCAUCUGGUCCGAAGCGGGCAAAGGCGCAUCGAGCGAAUCAGAUGUGGGCACGACCACGCAGGGUGCGGCCUCGGGCACCGAGAGCAAAAAGGGGCGAGCAAAUCAGCUUGGUGCGCGCGCUGCGGAGAGAAGGGAAAGCGCACCAGCUGCAGUCGAGCCAUCUACCGAGUCUAGAUUGAGCGCACACUCCACGUCUAUGGCUGCUGAACCUCAGCUCAUCGACUAUGGAAGCUCGAAUCUAAGAAACAGAAAGGGCGGGCCGAGCUCGCAGAGCAUCUUGUCAAGUGCUGGUACUUCGCCUUCCAGCCCUGCGAUUGCGGGCCUGAGUAGCUUGCUCGCCAAAGAUCAGGCUGCUUCGGCCGCCGCUGCAGCUGCAGCUGCGGCGGGGAUCAACACUCCUACAAACACGCCCGACGAAACGAGCGGGAUAGACGUGAGCGGAGCGAGACCGGCUUCAGUGCGAUCCAUGCCUUCUGCUAUUUCCACGCCGUCCAAAAGAAGAUCCUGGUUCGCGCCUUCCCGUUUCGGCGUAGGUAGUGCCGGAGGACUAGAUGGCACCUCAUCCAGCGCGAGCAUCACCAGCUCUACAGAUGGCGGUGGCAGUGUGCCGAGCCAAAGCAGCAUUCCUCCAGGCCUGCAAAGGCUGGCAGGCUCCAAAGGACCCAAGAGCAGCCUAGCUUGGGGAAGCGCUAGCCUGGCGAAUGCCCCCUCGAAGGACGCACCGAGCGCAAGUGCGAGCGAGCCACCGCUUAGAGAGGAGGAGGAUGCGGAGCUUCCGCUCUCUGCUUCACUAGAAUCGCAGACUUUGAGCGCCGAGUCUCGGGCUGCGCUACCUGAUGCUAUCCCCUUCAAGCCUACGCACGGCCAGAAUCAAGACAGUAUCAGCUCCGAGCUGUCAGACGCUUCGGCUGCGAGCGGCAUCAGCGCAACGACAGAAGAUCUGCAAUCUUUUGCUGCGGAUAUGCCUAGCCAAGACGAGGACAAUGGGCUGGUGGAAGCCCUUCCAGCGUUGCAUCCAGCGGACCAAGUCUCUCCUAGCUCUGGCUCUGCUCUUCCGCUGAACACCGCUUCGUCUUCCAUACCGCCUGCGGUCCAGGUCACCUCACCGCGAGACGACCACGAUCCGCCCGAGACGCCGCGCGGAAUAGCGUCCUCUACGGCAUCGGAUCUGACAAAGACGGACGUGGCUGAGGGAGAAGAGCUAUCCAAGCUGGCACCGAGCUUUGCACCCGUGGUAAGCAGCUCGCCCGCUGCUUCGCCGCAGAACUCGGAACCUGCUUCUCCGUCCCUGUCCGACGAUCGGCGUCCGUCUUUGAGCCCGGUUGCCGUGCCCGAAGCCCCACCAGCGCGCGUGGAUCGCAGCAUGUAUGGUUUUGCUCCUCCGCCGAGGAGGGCACCGCCGAGCCUCAGCACGACAGAUGUGCCUGCUAGCACUUCGCCAUCCGGUUUGAGCGUUCUGAGCGCCGGGACAGGCCUGAGCGCAUUUCAUCGUGACAGGUACAAUACGACGAUUGCGAUGAGGGACGAUGCUUCGGUUCGAUCUGCCGCUUCCACCUCUUCAUCUGCCACUAGCGCCUCUCCAGCAGGCGCUGGCGGCAACAUGACCGCUUCUGCGCUCUUCAACAAGGCGAAAGCUAGUAUGGCGGACAAGGAGUCUAGACAGGCCGCUGCCAAGGAGGCCAAAGAUGCGAUCAAGAGGGGCUGGUCCAAUUGGAAUACCAAGAGGGCGGAAGCUGCUGCUCAAAGCAGGAGCAGCAAUACCAGUCCUGCACCACCCGUGCGGUCCGAGAUUGCCGGUCCUGCCCAGUCCGGCUCAGGUCUCACCAGCACGCCGGCCGAUUGGGUAUCGGGAGGAACACCUGACCUUCCUGGUGCUGGUUUCGAUGCGCAAGGACCACCAGCAGGGUUCGCGCAUCCAUCUUUCGAAGGGAGCUCAUCUGCCGCCAUGAUUCGGACGGGCUCCUCGAGCUCAUCCGUGGCGUCUACGUCCACCGGAGGUGGAGCUGGUGAGAAGAGGUCGUACAGGGAUCACAGAGAAGCUAGGAGCAGAGCUAAAGAUUCAGCUUCUCCGAGCGUCAGUGGUAGGAGCACGCCUGUUGGGAAUAGCUGGGCUGAACGCGAGCGAGAAAGGGUGCGCGUUGCGAAAGCUAUUGCUGGGGCGGAGGUUGUCGACGUGCAGCGCACCUCUGAUCAGGGUUUUGAUGGCAAGGUGGCUGCUUUGAGCGGCGGCGAGGAGCCGAACAGGAGUGACGUUGUAUCGCCAGCGGCCACAAUAGCACAGCCUAGGAGCGAUGCAAGCGAUAGUCCAGCGACUAGCGUUACGCAGCAAGCUUUGCCAGCGCCAGCGCCAGCGUCCAUCUCACCCUCGUCAUCACCGGCACAAGCUGCGCCGCCUUUGCUGUCCUCCCGGUCUCGGAACUCUGUCUCCUACAAGACCGAGCGGCGCAGAUCUUCGGCGCACUCUCAUACCGGACAAUUAGGCUCUGCCGAGCCGAGUGGUGCGGGCAGAUCGACGAGCGGGGGCGCAAGCGGGAGCGGGAGCGGCAUCAAGACGCAACCUACCCGCUCGUCGAUGAUGGUGGUGCCGGGGAUACAUUCGGCUCAUCGCAUGGAACCGCAAUCUUUCUCGGCGCCUGCGCCGUCGCUGCCUGAGCUCGGCAGCGCGGAUGGUGGUGUUGGUGCCAACGUCGACGGAUCGACGAUUUGGAACAGCAGCAGUCCCAAGGUGGGCAUGGGGUUGAACCUCUUCAGAAGUCCCUUUGCUGCCUCCGCCACCACCACCGCUUCGGCCAGCGCUUCGCCUGCUCUGUCAGAGCGGCGCCUCUCCACGCCUCUUCGGGCGCCCAGCAUGGGAGAGUCGCCUGCGAGCGUUGCGAGUGUGGUCGAUGAUGCGCAGCAACAGCGCAGCCUUUUCCUCGACCCUUCCACCUCGCAAGGGACGGAGAUGGAUCAGGCUACGCGCACGACGGUCCAGACGAGCGCUGAUGCGCGGGAUCAGCAGCCGCUCGGCGCGUUGGGCGUCGAUGGGAUGCUGCGAAGCGCCGCGGAGGGAAGCUGAAAUGUGGCAAAGAAGGGGGGCAGGCAUGAUGUGCACAAGCUGAACCUGCCACGCUUGCCAGAUGAGAACGGUGCGGAUUGGUGGAGCGCCGGCGGCGGCGGCGGAAGCGGGAGCUGCCUAUGGCUGAUCAGGUCGAAAGAUGCUGCGAGAGGGAGUAAGGGGAGAAGUGGAGCGCACUGGCGAUGCGCUCUUCCUUUCGAAAGCGUCGACUCGACGCCUGGAGGGAGCAGGGGAGGUGGGCGGUGCAAGUGGAAGUUUUGUCAAGCCUCGAGCACGGCCCCCCCAUCAUCGUCACGCGUGUUCACCCCCCCCCUCCCUUUGUUUCGACCCCUCCUCACAAUUCACAAGCGUGAGUGCCGCGCACGCACACGAAAAUUUCAUCAUCGAAUUGCACUUUUCCCGGG